AUUUAGGACAGAUAGGUCUUGAUGUGGUUGACGAGAUAUUAAUACGCCAUUGAGGGCCGACAUUCUCGCAAGUUCUACUGGUACAAUCGGUUGUCCUUCCCGGGAUCUUGGGCAAAACGAGCAUUCGGCUUUGGCUGGGCAUCACCAAGGGUCAGCAGCUCAGCAUUGUCAACAUGAAGAAACGGAAAUCCGAAAUUGACGAAGUAAAGCAGCCCAGGGGCAGGUGGGCGGAUACAAUGCUGAGGCCAAACUAAGGUCAAAUUUCCACGAAGGUCCGCGUAAGGGCCCUGUCCAUGCCCGCCCCUCUGCCUGGCCCCCACCAAGGCAGUUAUGAGCAGUAACGGCCAUGCGAGCCCUUCCGCUCCCGUCAAAAAGGUGUCCUUGUCUUUCAAUAACAACGAGUUAGGGGGGGGCGCUCGCCGGAGCUUCAGCCGCGAGGGCAGCUUCUUGGGAAAUUCAAACGCCACGUCUGCAGCCGAAUCCAGCUUCAUCCCAAUCUCACCCUCACCCUUCUCCAAGCAAGCUGAGAUCAUCAGAGGUGGCAGAAAGUCGCCCGAGCCCUUCACUUACCCAGAGACCAAACCCACUUACCCAGAGGCCAAACCCCCGGCGCCUGCAGAGGAUGAGCCUCUGGAGUUGCACGUCGAGGAACGCAAGCGGCAGCACGCGCUUGCGCAGGAGCACCUCAAGGUUGAGCCCGUGGAGGCAUCAGUGCUGCGCCAUGUGCAGUACACUCUGGCCCGGCGGCAUCAGCCUCUCACAGCACCAGACUUAUACCUAGCCACAGCAUUGAGCGUGCGGGAGCGGCUGAUUGAAAGGUGGACCGACACCCAGAGCUACUAUACCACUAAGGACCCAAAGCGCGUGUGCUACCUGUCUCUGGAAUAUUUGGUGGGCCGCUGCCUGCAGAAUACCAUCCAUAACCUGGGAGUCGAGAAUGAGUACACGCGGGGCAUUGCAGCCCUGGGCUACGAGCUUGAGGACCUAGCGGCGGAGGAGCACGACCCCGCCCUCGGGAAUGGCGGCCUGGGGCGGCUGGCGAGCUGCUUCCUGGACUCCAUGGCCACCCUCAACUACCCUGCCUGGGGUUAUGGGCUGCGAUACCGCUACGGAAUGUUUGAGCAACGCAUUGAGCGGGGCCAGCAGCGCGAGGUGCCCGACUACUGGCUGCAAGGGCACACAAACCCGUGGGAGGUGCAGCGCCUGGACAUCAGCUACCCGGUGCGCUUCUACGGCCACGUGCAUGCGGUGCGCCAGGGCUGCAACCUGCGCUACCAGUGGGAGGGCGGGGAGAUUGUCAAAGCGCAGGCCUUCGAUAGCCCCAUCCCAGGGUAUCGCACGCGCAACACCAACACGAUGCGGCUGUGGAGCAGCUGUGCGUGGGACGAGUUCGACCUGAACGCCUUCAACGCAGGCCAGCUGGCGGCCGCGAGCGAGGCGCGCGUGCGCGCAGAGAGCAUCAGUGCGGUGCUGUACCCGAACGACCACACGGAUGCCGGCAAGGAGCUGCGGCUGAAGCAGCAGUUCUUCUUCGUGAGCGCCACGCUUCAGGACGUGGUGCGGCGGCUCAAGCGGUCGCGGCGCCCGCUGGCGGAGCUGCCGGACAAGGUGGCCAUCCAGCUCAACGACACGCACCCCACCAUCGCCAUCCCGGAGCUCAUGCGCAUCAUGCUCGACGUCGAGGGGCUGGAGUGGGCGGAGGCGUGGUCCAUUUCGACGCGCACGUUUGCGUAUACGAACCACACCAUCCUGCCUGAGGCGCUGGAGCGGUGGCCGGUGCCCCUACUGGAGCGGCUGCUGCCGCGGCACAUGCAGAUCAUCUACGAGAUCAACCACCGCCACCUUCAGGAGGUGGAGGCGCGGUGGCCGCACGACACGGAGCGGCUGAGCGCGCUGAGCAUCAUCGAGGAGAGCUUCCCCAAGAUGGUGCGCAUGGCCGUGCUGGCCAUCGUGGGCAGCCACAGCGUGAACGGCGUCGCGGAGAUCCACACGGGCCUCGUGCGCACGCGCCUCUUCCCGCAGCUGGCCGACAUGUGGCCGGAGCGCUUCAACAACAAGACGAACGGGGUCACCCCGCGCCGCUGGCUGCUGCUGGCCAACCCCAGCCUGGCGGCGCUGCUCACCAAGUGGCUCGGCGGGCAGGGCUGGGUGACCGACAUCGAGCGGCUGCGCAUCUUGAAAGCACACGCGGCCAACCCGGACCUGCAGCAGGAGUGGGCCGCGUCGAAGCGGGUCAACAAGCUGCGGCUCGCGGACUACAUCCAGCGGCACUGCGGGGUGGAGGUAUCUGCGGACGCCCUGUUCGACGUGCACGUGAAGCGCAUCCACGAGUACAAGCGGCAGCUGCUCAACAUCCUGAGCAUCGUACACCGUUACAACGUCAUCAAGGCCGCGUCGCCCGAGGAGCGCGCGCACAUGGUGCCGCACGUCAAGGUCUUUGCGGGGAAGGCCGCAGCGGGCUACUACCUGGCGAAGCGCGUGAUCCACCUGAUCAACAGCGUGGCCGCAGUUGUGAACGGCGACCCCGACGUGGGGCCGCUGCUCAAGGUGGUGUUCCUGGCCAACUACAACGUCAGCCUCGCGGAGGUCAUCAUCCCCGCCAGCGACAUCAGCCAGCACAUCAGCACGGCAGGCAUGGAGGCCUCAGGGACCAGCAACAUGAAGUUCGCCCUCAACGGCGGUCUCAUUCUGGGCACCAUGGAUGGUGCCAACAUCGAGAUUGCGGACGCCAUCGGGCGGCACAACAUGUUUGUCUUCGGGGCAGCAGCCGAAGACACGGACGGCCUCCGGCGGGAGAUGGCCUACCAGCCGCCACCCACCGACGAACGACUGCAGCAGGUCUACUCGUGUAUCGAGGCGGGCGCUUUUGGGCCUGCGUCGGACUUCCGCGCGAUCCUGGACUCGCUGCAGCACGGCAACGACUUUUACCUGCUCGCACACGACUUCCCCUCCUACCUGGAGGCACAGGCGGAGGUCGACCGGGUCUUCGUCAACAAAGCAGAUUGGAUUCACCGCAGCAUUGUCAGCGCUUCCUGCAUGGGCCGCUUCAGCAGCGAUCGGACCAUUUCCGAAUAUGCCGCCAACAUUUGGCACUUGGAGGCUGUGCCAUGUCCCGAAUGAUGGGUUGCACGCCUCGAAGUCGAGUUUACUCAUCACGUGAGCACCUUUGGGGUCUGGUGAUCAUCUAGAUUGACCUCAAAUUGAAAACGUUGCGGAUUUGUACUCAGUCACAGCGCCGCAUAUGAAUAGCUCGUACAUGUACUUGAGCCACCACAAGUUGGCUUCACGGAAAGGAGAUAAGCAAGCGUCAUGUGUCCAAAGGUACAGCUACUUAGAAAUGGUGUCACAAGCAUAAACUGCGGAAGUUGGCAGAAUAAUCUCGGCUGUAAAGGAGAUGCGGUGGGGGUAAGUAUCCGCUGUUGGAAAAUGCGAUUGUAUAAGGGAAGAGUGUUCUCUUCAGUGCAAGUGGCAGCUGACCAAUCGAGUCUGUCCCUUUGUCAACAAGGAAUCAUCAUAUUGCC